CUGCAACCAACGGCCAUUUUUAGGAAAGCGUCCGGUCCAGCAAAGCGGAGAUUUUUCUUCUUCUAAAAAUGGGUCCGAAAAAAGGAACACUGCAACGAUCUUCAAAAGAGAAGAGACCGAGGUCUUAUCCGGUAUCAGGUGACAAACCGGCAGCCAGCAAGCCAACUUUCCUCGAGAGCGACCAGGAUCCGGACCCCGGCAGCGAAAAUGAUCCGGAUGAGUUGCGUUCUGGUAAAGUUCACCGAGAACGACAAAUUCGAUAUUUCGAGUGUCGAUAUCGAAAAUUAUCAUCAAAGGGCUACAACGGAUAGUAUUUUUGCCAGCUUGAUUGCUAUCCAUAUUUUGAGCGCAGAACGAUUGAGACAGAUGAGUGUGUCGGGUUUGCCUUCUCAUCGUUUCUUAAAUAUUAAAAACCCAGAUGGAUCAUUAAAGUACCCAGCGGGAGAAAAAAUCCCAAGUUCGGUGCUAGAGUUCAUAUGUGAUAAGGUAGCUGAACGAACAGCGAUGCAGGUAGGCUCAUACAAUGUUCUGAAAAUCAGAAAAGCGUCGCAAAUGGCAACAAUCAAAAAAUAUAUUGCCAACAAAAUUUCAAAUUUACGGAAGGUUCGCCGACCACUGGAUGGUAAUUAAAUUGAACUCUUAUAGGUUGUAAGCCUACUUGAUUGACUUUAAUAUGAAAUUUUGAAGUGAUUUGUGAGUU